AUGGUGGGGGCGCGGGGCACGGGCACUGCACGCGAGUGUGUAACAGGACUGAUGAACGUCCUCCGCCCUGCACCCCUGUGCCCCCCGUUCGCCACCCGGGCCUCCCCGGUGCUCGGGUGGCCGGCUUGCUUCGUGAACAAACGGGGUCUUACUGUGGAGCGUUCCCACUGGGGAAAGACCCCCCCAUCCCCGGGGCGGGGCGGCCCGCCCGGGCUGCUGCCGGGCCGGGCGCGGAGCCGCCGCCGGCGGGGGAAGGGUCCGUUUCGGGGAGCCGUGCAGCUGCCAGGGGCCAGGCCUGCGGCCACCGCUGCGGACAAAGCGGCUCUGAGCCGCCUCUCAAUGGGCGCCUGUGCGCUGGCCGGCGAGGACUGCCUGUGGUACCUGGACCGGAAUGGCUCCUGGCAUCCGGGCUUCGACUGCGAAUUCUUCACCUUCUGCUGCGGGACCUGCUACCAGCGGUACUGCUGCCGGGACCUGACCUUGCUCAUCACCGAGAGGCAGCAGAAGCACUGCCUGGCCUUCAGUCCCAAGACCAUAGCCGGCAUCGCCUCGGCCGUGAUCCUCUUUGUGGCCGUGGUUGCCACCACCAUCUGCUGCUUCCUCUGCUCCUGUUGCUACCUGUACCGACGCCGCCAACAGCUCCAGAGCCCAUUUGAAGGCCAGGAGAUUCCAAUGACGGGUAUCCCUAUGCAGCCAGUAUACCCAUACCCCCCGGACCCCAAAGCUGGCCCUGCCCCACCGCAGCCUGGCUUCAUGUACCCACCUAGUGGUCCUGCGCCCCAGUACCCACUCUACCCCACUGGCCCCCCGAUCUACAAUCCUGCAGCUCCUCCCCCCUACAUGCCACCACAGCCCUCCUAUCCAGGACCCUGAAGAAUCGCCUGUGGCUCUACUGUUCCUUCAGUGAUGGCAGCUUUGGGGAUGCCGGUCUUGUUCCUGCAUCCAGCCUUGGGGAUGGGCAGGGGUGUUUUAGUCACUGGGCCCCCCCGAUCAAGGCUGAGGGUAGAGCCCCUGAGAAGAGGAAUGGGAGCUGAGCUGGAGCUACAUUAUUUACAUCAGGCGUGUGGGGAGGGGCUUGGGGUCACUGGGCUAUUUUUAUUGGGGAGCUAGGGAGAUGGAUGACAGCCCUGGCUUUAAAAAACAAAAACAAAAAGUCCCUUUGCUCCCAAGGAUUUCAAUCAGAAAGUCAGGGCCCCUCCCGUUUGCCUGCUUCAGGCUGGGGUGGGGGAGGGGGAGGCUCCAUCAACAGCUGGUGGUGACUCUCCCCUCUGGCUGCCCCACUGGCCAGCGCUCCGGCCUGCUGGAUUAAAGCUGUAAAGAUGUAAA